CAAAAUUCAUGUAGUGAGAUUUGGUUAUGACAGAAUUGAGAGGGUGAGACUUAAUCGCCAUUGAGGCCUGAGGAAUGUCAACUAUUCAACAUGGAGGCAGAGGUCGAUAAACUGGAACUGAUGUUCCAGAAAGCUGACUCUGAUCUGGAUUAUAUUCAGUACAGGCUGGAAUAUGAAAUCAAGACCAAUCACCCUGAUUCAGCACGCAAGAAAAAUCUAAUUACACUCUUAAAGGAAUUGUCAGCUAUAAAAUCUCGGUAUCAAACUUCGUAUGUACGCAUUAAAUCAGUUGCUAUUAAACAGGAAGAGACUAAGAGCCGCAUCUGUGCUACUUUGAAUAAGACUAUGACUAUGAUACAAGAGCUACGAAAACAAACAAACGUGGAGCUGGCACCACUGACGAAGAAGAGAAAACUGCAGCAGAGCAAUUUAAAAUCUCACAUGCCAGAAUUAUGAAGAAAUAGAAUUGCAGAGUGGAACUCCAAUGGAGAAGAGAACAAUUUGAAAUUUAGGAAGAUGUCUUUUUAACACUUGAUGAGUAGAGGCGGGGGGCUGUGAAGGAGGAGGUUUGCUUGAGACUAGAAAAUAACGCCUUUUAUAAAAGAGGAGACUAUACGAAGGGCAGAAGCCAGGAUCAGGUGUGCAUGCCUGUAGUCCAAGACUGGGGAAGUUGAGGCAAAGGACUGUUAGUUUGAGGCCAGCCUCAACAACAUAGCAAGACCAUGUCUCAAAGAAAGAAGGGCAUAUAUGCUAUUAUAUAUGAAUAUUAUAUGUGAAUAAAUAUUAUAUAUGAAUAUUAUAUAUGGAAAAAAAAAAAGAAUUGAGAGAGUGAUACCUUAACCCAACUAUGUUGUUGAAAGGUAAGGCACUUGGGAAAAGAUUGGGAUUAUGGUCACUAGGGUCAGGUACCCAUGACCCAUGACUGACUCUAGGUGAGUUUAUAAGGAGAAGGAAUGAGACCAGAACAGAGCCACACAUGCAGGUGCUCCUAUGCUCCACCAACCUGUGUCCUAGACCUUGCACCACCAAACUAUGAGCUAAAUAAGCCUCUGUUCUUAUACAUCACCCAGUUUCAGGAAUUUUCUGUUAUUAGCAAGAGAACAGAUUGA